CGAAGAUCACCUGACUCCAGCAAACAUGGAUGGAAGACCCACCUGUGACCAGUGUGGGAAGACUUUCACCAGAAUGAAUGACCUUAAAAGACACCUACGCAUCCACAGUGGAGAAAGACCAUAUGAAUGUGACCAGUGUGGGAAGACUUUUACCAGAAUGCAUAACCUGAAGACACACCUACUUAUCCACAGAGGAGAAAGACCAUAUGAGUGUGACCACUGUGGGAAGACUUUCACCAGGAUGCAUAACCUUAAGACACACCUACGCAUCCACAAAGGAGAAAAACCAUAUGACUGUGACAGUUGUGGGAAGGCUUUCAUCAGAAAGGAUGAGCUUAAACUCCACCAACGCAUCCACACUGGAGAAAAACCAUAUGACUGUGACCAGUGUGGAAAGGCAUUCAUGAGAAAGGGUGAACUUAAAAUACACCAACGUAUCCAUACUGGAGAAAAACCAUAUGACUGUGACCAGUGUGGGAAAACUUUCACCCGCAUGUAUUAUCUUGAGACACACCUACGCAGCCACAGUGGAGAAAGACCAUAUGGCUGUGACCAGUGUGGAAAGACCUUCACCCAACAGUCUGUCCUUAAGAGACACUUACGCAGCCACAGAGGAGAAAGACCAUAUGAUUGUAACCAGUGUGGGAAGACUUUCACGCGAAUGUCUACCCUUCAGACACACCAACUCAUCCACAGAGGAGAGAGACCAUAUUUCUGUGACCAGUGUGGGAAGACUUUCACCCAACCGUCUACCCUUAAGAGACACUUACGCAUUCACAGUGGAGAAAGACCAUAUGGCUGUGACCAAUGUGGAAAGACUUUCAAAGCUUUGUCAGCAUUAUAUUCUCACCAUCAUGUUCACCACAAGAAACUGAUGUACCCAUGUGAUAAGUGCACAAAGAUACUCUGGUCAUCCAACUCGCACAAGUAUCAUCAACGGACCCAUACUGGAGAGAAACCCUACCAAUGCAGAUUUUGUGACAGAUCUUUUAUCACAGGUUCACAAUGUACCAAACAUGAAAUUGUCAAACAUUUCCACAAUGGACCAAAACUGAACAAUUGUUCGAAAAGUAAGGCUGUAGAAACUAGUGGAAACAAUCAGUGUCAUAACACAUCAAAACAGUUUGAGUGUCUCAGAUGUAAAAAAAGAUUCUUGUCAUCCUCUGCUCUCUCCUAUCAUCAGCACAGAUGUGAAUCAUCAACAUCUGGACCAAAAAGUACCUCAGCAUUAGGGAUGAGAAGAAACACAGUGUCUGAACCAGCACCGCCAACUUCUUUUGACAAGAGCAUCAAACUUAAAAGCCCCCAGAUCUGGCUCCAUGGAGUCCAGAUGUGAAGACAAACACCAGACUGAAAGCUGUGUUUUGUUGUCCUCAGAGUAAAGAAGUGUGCUCUAAUGCACCACCUUCACAAAGCAGUGAUGUUACAGAACCUCAGCCUACCACAAUGUGUAAAGUUAAACUAGUGGAGGUCAACAAGGACAUGGUUUCAGUGGGGAUACUGCUUCUAAUGGACUUUGUGGACAUUUAAUCAGUCACUUGUUGUGAUUCUGUUGCUGGUUGAGGUUCACACCUGUUCAUUGUUCACAAACCAGCUACUCCUGUAAAAUUUUUUCCACAAUUGUUCAAUGCAGUUUAAGUUCAUCCCUCAGGAUGUUCUACUUUUUUUUUUUUUUUUUUUACCAUUAACUGUUGCGCAACUGGAAGAACACCAUUUGUUGAAGUUGUCAGAAUCCUGAAUUCAUGUGGUUUUGCAUCAGUCAUAAACAUGAUGAACAUAAUAUGGAUGAGACAGAAUGACUGAUGCAACAAGUCUUUGCUCCAUCUAGUGGUCAAAUCUGGUGCUGGUCCAGCCCAGUGUUUUCCUGAACAUCAAACUGGCUUCAACACUUUCUCACUAGUCUAACCCUGACUGGCAGAAUUUUCUUGAUUUGAUUGAAAAUGUGUUGAACUGCAGAUGAAUGUGUAGUAAAGAAGAAUACUUGAUAUAUCAGAAAGUUCAGGACAUCAAUGGAACUGAUACAAACAUUUUGUCAUGUUUUGUUCUAUGUUCUACUUUAUCACGUUGUUUUAUUCUAACUCUAAAGUGGGCCUGAAACAUGAGACAAAAGUAUUUACCAUAAUGACCCUUUAAUGACAUCUGCAGAUUAUUUGUUCAGUUACUUCUUAAUUUCACUUUUCCAGUUAUCAGUUCAGGUUAUGUUAUUGUCACGUCUGUAUCAGUGAAAUAUGACUGUCUUGAUUUGAUGUGUUUUCAUGUGCAUCACUGGGUGUUUUUUAAGUGUUAUUAAAACAUAGACUCACUUAUGUUUA